UGAAAUAAGCAGAGAUAUAAAAAGGGCCAGGAGAAGUGGCCACCUGUCUUCAGCAAAAUGGAAGCUUUCAGGCAAUGCAUUUUCUUGGCACUUUUAUUUGGUUCGACUCUUGCUGAAAAUAAGCUGACUGAAGUCCAAGCAAAAAGUGCAUGCGGUGGUAUACUGAACAAUAACUAUAAAGCACUGCCACUUACACUCAAGGCAAAUGAAAAUUGUAUCUGGCAAAUACAGAGAGAUGUUAAUACAACUGUGCAUGUGAAUGAAACAAUCAGACUCAUCUUCUCUUCCUAUGAAUUCAAUCCAUCAUCUACAUGUGACAGAGAAAAUAUUGAAGUAUAUGAUGGCCCUUCAACGGAUGCGCCUCUCUUGGGACAAGUGUGCAAAACCCACAUAUCUGUUCCCAUCUUCCACUCAUCUUCUGGCUCCUUAACAUUUCGCAUAUCAACAGACUCCACAGAAUUUACACGGACCAUAUUUGCAUUUUAUUACUUCAUCUCACCAGAUUCACCCGAAAUUGAAAACUGCGGGGGUCUCCUUACUGGCCCAGUUGGAUCAUUCGUCAGCCCCAAUUACCCCAAGCCACAUCCAGAAUUUGCAUAUUGCGUAUGGCACAUUCAAACAGAAGAAAAUUCCAAGAUAAAUUUAACUUUCAAUGACAUUUUUCUAGAACUAGAUGACAAAUGCAGAUUUGAUUUCCUCGCCAUCUAUGAUGGUGCAACAACGGACUCUGGCUUAAUCGAACAAGUGUGUGGGCGCAAAUCCGCUGCAUUUCAGUCUUCUUCCAAUGUGAUGACCGUUGCAUUGUCUACAGACUAUGCCAAUUCAUACAAGGGCUUUUCUGCUCACUACACAAGUGAACCAGUACCAACACCAGAGCCCAACAAAUCCAUCAGUUGUUCUUCAGACAUGAUGACAGUUAUUCUCAGCAAAUCUUAUUUGGAUGCACUUGGCUAUGAUGAAAAUGACUUGAUGCUAAAUGACCCGUCUUGCAGACCAGUUGCAUUAAACCCAGUGACAUUUUCUUUUCCACUCAACAGCUGCGGAACAGUUAAAACGGGAGAAAACCACACGAUCACUUACACCAACACUAUCACUGCUUCCCCAAAUGGCAAUGUGAUUACCCGCCACAAACAGGUUGACCUCGUUGUGAGGUGUAUAAUGGAAAACAAUUCAACUGUAGAAGUCAUGUAUGAAACAAAAAAUGUAGAAAAUGACGAUGAAAGUGCUUUAGGUAGAUUCAAUCUCAGCAUGGCCUUCUACGAUUCCAAUUCUUUCUCUCAAAUGCUUGAUUCACCAUACUUUGUGGACUUGAACCAAACACUCUAUGCACAAGUCAGUCUGCAUUCCAGUGACGCCAAUCUGUUAGUGUUUGUGGAUACCUGCACUGCGUCACCAAACCUUGAUUCUAUAUCACCAAAAUAUGAAUUGGUCAAAAGCGGAUGCGCAGAAGAUGACACUUACGUGGCUUAUCCAGUCCUUGAACAUUAUGGGAGAUUCCAGUUCAAUUCCUUCAGGUUCCUACGCUAUCAGCCAUCUGUUUACCUCCGGUGCGAAGUUUUGAUUUGUGACAGCAAGGCUCCUGAUUCUCGCUGCACCAAAGGUUGUCGCCCUCGACAUAAGAGAGAGCUUUCUUCCUACACAUGGAAAGGGGAGGCUGCAGUGGGACCUAUCAUCCUGAAGAGAGAUCUCAGCUCUAUGGAUCGCUCAGAUUCUUCUAUUCAAGUUCAUCCAGAGGAAAGCCAGAAUACACCAUCCAAGAGCCUGUAUACCCUUACAUUUGUUGUGUUGGCUGCAAAUGCUGUCCUCCUGGCUGGUCUGGCAGUGACGCAUUUGUUCACUCGAAAACCAGGAUACAGAUACCAGAAGUUGCAGAGCCCUUAACAGAGCACUCCCGUUCCCUGCUUCAGUUUGAACCCUAA